UGAUGUUGCUGUUGUUUCAGUUCCGUGAUCAGACGCCAACAUGACGGUGGAGUGGACCAAUUCCCCCUAGGUCGUCUGUACCCCCGCUGGGUUUGAAGGAACAGCUCAGGCUUGGUCCCCUUCAAGUCGCCGUGGACUAUCGUGUGUGAGUGUGAACAUCGGCCAAAGCUGUCCACAGCAUCAGACUCGGGACUACUUAAGUAGGCAGCGGAAAAGAAACUUCUCGAAAAAUUUGUGGUUGAUUUACUGAUUUCACUAACGGACCUAAAGUGUGACCCGUGGACAGUUGUCGUGAAUUGGACAUUGGAGUGAGGAAAAGGACUUUUCUUCUUCAUACACGUCGGUGUCCUUGGACUUUUGGUGCACUGACUGACGAGAACGUUACUCAUCGUGGAUAGACGUGUUCUUUCACGCCAUCACCUGGCUCACUCCCGGCCUUCUCGCCAUCACCUCGCUCACUCCCAGACUUCUCACCGUCUCUCUCUCUCUCAACCUCCUCACGGUCUCUCACCGUCUCUCUCAACCACCUCGCCGUCUCUCGCCGUCUCUCUCAACAACUUAACCGUCUCUCCCCCACCACCUCGGCAAUAUGACUGUCGCCGACAGCUCCAUGGACGAGUCCACCCAGAAAUCCGCCCAAAAUGGCGCUGUCGUUCCUGACACGUCCGCGGCGUCUAGCGGGAAGUCGACGGAACAGACGUCCGACUCCCAGCAGCAGGAUGAGGGCUACAUCAAGCCGCCAGACGGAGGAUGGGGCAUCAUGGUGGUCAUCUCGUCCUUCCUCAUCCACGUGAUCGCGGACGGCGUGGUGUACUCGUUCGGCGUGUUCCUCACGGAGUUUGUCCACUACUUCGACACGGGCCGGGGGGCUGCCUCCUGGAUCGGUUCUUUACAACCGGCUGUCACCUUUACCGUCGGUGUAGGAUUCGGCCUCAUCUACCUGCCCGCCAUCGUGUGUGUGGCUCAGUACUUCGAGAAGUAUCGCUCCUUCGCCACGGGCCUGGCUGUGUGCGGGUCUGGGUUCGGUACUAUGUUCAUGGCGCCGCUCACGGAGAUGCUGGUGGUUGAGUACCAGUGGCAGGGCGCCAUGCUCAUCCUGGGCGGGGUCAUCCUCAACGUCAUCGUCUGCGGGAUCCUCUUCCGGCCCCUGGAGGCGUCGCCUGGUUCUGGCGGGAAGCGUGGCGCGGGAUCUGCGUCACUCUCGUCUGCGGCGUCCAGCACGGAGGAGGAGAGACUGCUGGGGACGAGUGGAGCCACGGGGGACAGUGAUACCGCCACCACACCACCGCCGCCAGGGGGCGCUAAGAGUGGUGGUGGUGGGGGAGGGGCGGGGAUUGGCCAGAUACAGGUGCUGGUGGAGAAAGACUUAGACCCGAGCCGGCGACGAGGGGAGGGCGAGGACGGGAACAGAUUCACGGCAGCCCAGGGGCUAGAGAUCAUCCACUCGCUACAACAGCGGCACGCGCUGCCCAACGGCAAGGCUGUGCUGCUCAGUGGCAAGCCGGACACCGGAAGCGACGUGGUAGGCCCGCGCGCAGUGUCUGUGUCCAGCCUGCAGGAUGACCGCAGUGACGUGGCCAGCCCGCCGUCAGAGAUGGUGCGGAUGAACAGUCUGGUGGAGACAGUGACCACACCCGGCAGUCUGCCCCUGUCCCUGGGGGUGGAAGAGGUCCGGAGACUGACCGCGAGCCAGAGCCUGGUCCCCGCCGACACGGACUCCGUCAGCGAGAUCGCCAACAUGGUGCGGUCGGAGGGUGCCCUCAACAAGUUCUCCGCGCUCUCUCCCUCAGACGGCGCGGGCGGCGGGGGUGCCGGGUCUACGGCCGUGAGACAACGUCACAUCCACCCCUCCCAGCAGCAGGGCCGCCACCACCACGGGGGCAGCUCCAACACGCUCUCGCCGCUCACGCGCAAAGACAUCUUCUACAGCGGCAGUCUGCUCAACAUCCCCAUGUACCGCUCACAACCGGACGUGUACAAGACCACGGUGUCCACCUCCCUGUCUCACGAGCACAUCCGGCCCAGGGAGGAGAGAGGAGGAGGAGCGGGGAAAGGAGAGGGGGAGGGGGGAGUAUCGUGCCUGUGUUUCAAUUUCUCCGAGGAGUUCCGGACGACCAUGAGGGACAUGCUGUCCACAGAGCUGCUCAAGAACCCCGUGUUUCUCAUGUUCGCCGUGUCCAAUUUCUUUACGAGUAUAGGAUUCAAUAUGCCUUUUAUCUUCCUUCCUGACAGAGCUAUCCUCGCCGGCAUAGACAAGGACCGGGCCACUAUGCUCAUCUCCGUCAUCGGGAUCGCCAACACGGCGGGGCGCGUCAUCUUUGGCUUCCUCUCGGACCGGCCCUGGGUCAACCGCCUGAUGCUCUACAACACCGCGCUUACCAUCUGUGGCGUGGCUACCGCGCUUAGCCCGCUCGCCGCCAGUGACUAUGCGCUGCUGGUCACCUAUGCUGCUGUGUUUGGUAUCUUUAUAGGUGUGUACGUGUCCUUGACCUCCGUAGUUCUGGUUGACCUCUUGGGUCUGGAGUACCUGACCAACUCGUUCGGCCUUUUGUUGCUCUUCCAGGGGGCGGCCACCUUCAUUGGACCACCCAUCGCAGGCUGGCUGUGUGACUGGACAGGAAGUUACGACAUUUCCUUCAUCGUGAUGGGCAUCCUGAUCGCGGUGAGCGGUGCCAUGUUGUACUUCCUGCCCCUCGUCGAGCGCUAUUACCAGCGCAAGGUGCCCAUGGUCAACCUGGUCCGCGAUAUGGAGCUGGGGAAACAUUCCGUCUCCGAGAACACGGACGGCAAAGACUCGCAGAUACCCGGGGAGAGAGUGUAGCAGAUACCUGAUACCUGAUGAUACCUGGGAAUAGAGUGUAGCAGAUACAAGAUACCUUGGGACAGAGUGUAACAGAUACCUGGUGAUACUAUGUAACAGAUACAUGGGGAUAGAAUGUAACAGACAACAGAUACCUGGUGACAGACUGUAACAGAUACCUUGUGACACAAUGUAACAGAUACAUGGGGAUAGAAUGUAACAGACAACAGAUACCUGGUGACAGACUGUAACAGAUACCUUGUGACACAAUGUAACAGAUACCUGGUGACACAAUGUAACAGAUACAUGGGGAUAGAAUGUAACAGACAACAGAUACCUGGUGACAGACUGUAACAGAUACCUUGUGACACAAUGUAACAGAUACAUGGGGAUAGAAUGUAACAGACAACAGAUACCUGGUGACAGACUGUAACAGAUACCUGUGUGUCAGGUUUUUCUUGCAAGAUUUUCUGGGUAAAAAAUGUCUUUUCAUAUCUUGAGUGCUCUCUAUUUCAAGUUACCAUGAAAUCAGAGACAGAUAUGAGAAGUGUCUUUUUCCAGGAACAUGGGAAAUCCUACCUGUUGUGUACAGAUUACAAAUCAGAAAGUUUUACUGUGUGGGCAUUAUUGCUUAAUUAAUGGGAGCUUUUGUUUUGUGUGAGCGUUUGUGACUUGACUGGAAAGAGACAAAUGUCUAGGAGAAACUGACCAUACGUUGUUGCUUUGUGUCUCUGGAAGGGGCAGCUCUCUGACAGAGAGGGGGAAGAGAUUUCUGCCAAUAAAAGACUAGGAGAGUUUUCUCUAUAACCAAACAAAUAUA